GUGUUGAUCAGCCGGUCAGAGUGGCUCUGUCUCUCCUCUUUUUGUCCAAUCCCGACGACGCCAUUCACGUUUUCCUUUUCGACGUCGUGACAACAAUUUUCUUUGUGAAAAACAUUUUUCCAGCCACAGCAAAAUCCAAGAUGAACAAGUGCACGUUGUCCAUGUUCUUUGUGAUUAUCUGCGCCAUUGUCGUGCAGCAGAGCAAUGCCCAGUCAAACAACUUCUUCAGCAAUUUCUUCACGCUGUUCCGCCGGGCCAGCAGACCCAGCAAUUCGAGACCGAACAGCAGCAGCAGCAGCUCCAGUCUUUCAAUCAACCAAUGGAGUUCAUCGGCUGAGCCUUCGGUCAAAACGAUCACCAUGACAAUGACCGAGACGGAGACGGAGACAUCCGAGAUGAUGGUCACGUCUACCAUGUCGGAAUUCUUCACAGUCACCGAGACAAUCACCGAGCGGCUGAUUGCUACUUCAACGCUGACACGAAAAAUGACGGCCACAGCCACGCAGGUCGUCACGUCUUGCCCCGUCCAAGACAUCGGAUUGAGGAGAAUCAACUGGAAAGAGAUUCCCAACCGGAUUGAAGAGAUUAUGAAACGUUCCGGACAAGCUGCGAUGGAGCACUCGGUUAUUCCGGAAGGUCCGUACAUCAUCAGAGGACGGCAUGCUGACAUUGAAUCGUCUAUUGAAGGAGAAGAACAGCCCGAGGGUGAAUUUGAGGAAACGCUUCAGGAGGACCAACCGUCAUUCUAAACAAA